AUGGUUUACGUGUCCUACCUGGCGGCCCUGGCGGCUCUGUGCCAUCUCACCAGUGCGCAGGCUGGCCCAAACACACUCGCACAAUAUAACCCAUCUAAAAGAACCAUGUCGGUGAAUGCGACGUUCUGCAUUCUCCCCAUCAGCAAAGCGGACGCCCGGACCAUUUCCGGCCAUGAACCUCUCGACAUCCCUAAGAGUGUCCUUCCAUCUUUCCCUGACGGCAUGCACCCACUUAUUGUGCAAGCUGGCAUCAACAAUGACAUCCGCAUGACGGCCUUGGACCUUGUUCCGCUGCAGAUUCCCACUCUUAUGCAAGGUUCUCUCAUCCUUCCAUACGUCGACGUAACAAAAGACGGAAAAACACCCAUUAAUGCUCCAAUCAACAACUAUAUCGGAGGAACUGACGGCCAUGAUCUGCAAGCGCUCGUUCCUGCCAUUGCUGCUGGUGUCUCGCCUUUCGAGGGUACAAAUACAUUCCCCGCAACCUUUACACCGGAUGAUGCCGCAGUCGAGAGCUUGCCAGGCGGCAUCUACAGCAUUAACGUGAAGCCAUACCUACUGCCUAAUACCAUUUCUGGACCCGGUGUCUACGCCGAAGCAUUUGAUAUGCUGUAUACACUCACGCAAGCCUCGCCGUAUACGGAUCACACCUUUCACAACCUACUCAACCAUCCACAGCUGCUGAACAAUGGCAAGUGCCAGCGCAACCAGCUGUAUUUCAAUGAGACGUUCGCAGAGCCUAAGAUGGCCGUGGCAAAUGUGACGCUAUACCACCAGAUCUUGUCCACGCCACCAGCACUAAUUGAAGGGCAAUACACGGAUGUUCACUGCUAUGUGGCGAAUGCAGAGCAAGUUGGAGAUGUCGGCGAGUCUUGUGCCUCUGCGGCAGCGAAGGUGGAUCCUAUGGCGCUCCAGUAA